AUGGCUGACACUCCUCAACCUGCUACUCCCAACCUCACCAAUCUCAUCUCAUCGUACUCUAUUCUGACAACACUCUCAUCAUGGAUCUCGACCCUCGACCUGUAUCAUCUCGCUCUCACUAAUCGCUCCCACAAUUCAUUCAUCUUAGCCUCGCCACAAAUCUUCAAAGUCCUCACUCGUCAAUCUCUCUGUGAUGGACGGGGACUAGCUGACCGGCAAGAAUUCCGCGGCCUGUAUAGAAUCUACGACUUCGACAAGGGGAGCGGAUUAAUUCGACGCGAUGAACCGGUUGAGGUUCGUCUCUACAACCUCAAGUGCGACGAAGCCGGUGCCCUUCCCUGCGUCAAGUGCGGCAUCAACGUCUGCGAGGAAUGCAGGUACUAUCCUCGGACCUCACCUCCAGGGAAAGGCAGAGACCCCAAAAGAAGGCCUCACCUCAACGCGUCGUUUCAAAUUGGAGCCGUCAUGUGCCUAUGCCCUCCUUGCGAUGCUGCCAUGGAGGAGGAGGUCCAAGGCAAAUUCCUCAAUGAGCUCUGCGACUGUGACGCCCUGAGAUACUGGAUAUGCUCUAAAUGUAGGCAAGAGGUGGACGAUUUCACAGGAGAUUACCGGGGAGAGCAUACCGCGCUAGAAGGAGAAAUUGAAGGUUUUGGUCCACUACCAACUAAGCAUAUCGAUGAUGCGGGUUGGAUAAGGGCGGCGUGGUGCAUGUGUGGUGCAAGUGUUCCUCGGCAUACACGGAUUAGAUGCACUUGGUGCAAGAGACGUCAUCUGCCAGAGUCGGAGUGGUUUAAGGAGUUCAAAAGACUAGGGUCUAAGAUGCCUUGGUUUGAUGAUGACCCCGACUAUCCGCACUGGCGGACUGACGAUCAUGGCAAAUAUCCGGUGCCAUAUCCAAGGCUGGGCUAUAAAUGA